AUGGAAACAGUCAACCAAAACCACAGUGUCUCUGAGUUCAUCCUCCUGGGACUCUCCUCCAGACCUGAGGACCAGGUACCACUCUUUGUCAUCUUUCUCAUCAUGUACCUGGUCACUAUAACUGGGAAUCUGCUUAUCAUCCUGGCCAUCCGCUCUGACCCCCAGCUGCAGACCCCCAUGUACUUCUUCUUGAGCUUCCUAUCUUUCAUUGACAUUGGCUUCACCACCACCAUUGUCCCCAAGAUGCUAGUGAACUUCUUGUCAGAAAAGAAGACCAUCUCCUAUGUUGGGUGUGUGACACAGAUGUAUUUUAUUUAUGCUUUGGGCACUAUUGACAGUUGCCUCCUGGCAGUCAUGGCCUUUGACCGCUACGUGGCCAUCUGUGACCCCUUCCACUAUGUCACCACCAUGAGCCACCAGCGCUGUGUCCUGCUGGUGGCCUUCUCCUGCUCAUUCUCUCUCCUCCACUCACUGCUUCACACACUGUUGCUGAAUCUGCUCACCUUCUGUGACUCCAAUGUCAUCUACCACUUCCUCUGUGACAUCAAUGCUCUGCUGAAAUUGUCUUGCACCUCCACAUUCCUCAAUGAAAUUGUGAUAAUGACAGAAGCACCUAUUGCUCUGGUGACCCCCUUUCUUUGCAUUGUUUUAUCUUAUCUAAGAAUCCUUAUUGCAGUUCUCAAGAUCCCCUCAGCUGCUGGGAAACGCAAAACCUUCUCUACCUGUGGUUCUCACCUGACUGUGGUGACACUCUUUUAUGGGAGCAUCUUCUAUGAAUAUUUACAACCCUUAUCCAGCUACACUAUUAGCACCCGCAUGGCAACGAUUGUCUACACAGUUCUGUCCUCCAUGCUAAACCCUUUUAUCUACAGUCUGAGAAACAAAGACAUGAAGAGGGGCUUGGGGAAGCUGUUGAGCAUAAGGAAAUCUUAG